AUGUCGAAGUCCGUGAAGAAAAUAGUGGAUGAGACUCGGGACAAGAACCUUUCAGAUGUUGAAAUGUGUGACAGAGGCAUUUCGAAUUUGUUGGAUAUACCCGGAUUGUUCACUUUGUCCAACAUAACUCAAUUGGUUCUGAGUCACAACAAGCUCACAGCGGUGCCUCCCAACAUCUCUGAGCUCAAAAAUCUGGAGGUUCUUAAUAUGUUCAACAACCAAAUUGAAGAGCUACCAACUCAAAUUAGCAGUCUUCAGAAGUUGAAACACCUUAACCUUGGAAUGAAUCGCCUUUACAACUUACCCAGAGGCUUUGGUUCUUUGCCAGCGCUUGAAGUUUUGGACCUCACCUACAAUAACCUGAGCCAAAAUUCCUUGCCUGGAAACUUCUUCUAUCUCACAACUCUUCGUGCUCUAUAUCUGAGUGAUAAUGACUUUGAAGUCCUGCCAGCUGACAUUGGGAAGAUGACCAAGCUGCAAAUAUUGAGCCUACGGGACAACGAUCUGAUCUCUCUACCGAAGGAUAUUGGGGAACUCCUUCAACUCAAGGAGCUUCACAUCCAGGGCAAUAGACUGACCGUACUACCUCCGGAACUCGGUAAUCUUGAUCUGACUGGUCCAAAGCAGGUCUUCAAGGCUGAAAACAAUCCCUGGGUCACUCCCAUUUCUGACCAGUUUCAACUAGGAGUCUCACACGUUUUUGAAUAUGUUCGCUCUGAGACCUACAAAUAUCUCUAUGGCAGACACAUGCAGGCCAACCCGGAACCUCCAAAGAAGAGCAACGACAAGAGUAAGAAGAUCAGCCGAAAACCGCUUGCAGCCAAAAACAGAUAA